AGUUGAAGCUGUGUUGGUGGAGGGGAAGAGAGAGAGAGAGAGAGAGGGAGAGAAAGAGAGAGAGAGAGGAAGACAGACAGACAGACAGACAGACAGACGAAGUUCGGAUAAGAGGAGGUGCAAGAACCGGAUCCGUUGUGUGAAGUCACUCAAAAUUCGGAUAUCUGAAGAAAACAAAAGGAAAAAAAGAAAAAAAGAAAAAAAUAUAAAGAAAAGAAAACAAGAUUAAAUUUUGACUUGUAAUAAAUAAAUAAAUAAAUAAAUAAAUAAAUAAAUAAAUAAAUAAAUAAGGAAAAAGAGGAAGAAAACAAGAGAGAGAGAGAGAGAGAGAGAGAGAGAGAGAGAGAGAGAGAGAGAGAGAGAGAGAGAGAGAGAGAGAGAGAGAGAGAGAGAGAGAGAGAAUAACAAAUUUCAAUUCAAUCCGGUUAUCUCUUCCAUUUCAAACGUUACAAAAUUCACUUAACCGGACAUUAACGGCCUCUCUCGCUUAACCGAACCCAUCUUUCAACCCUCCCAGAUAACCGAACCAGCCUUUAAAACCUACCAAUUAAUCGGAAGUGCCUUUAAAAACCUCGUUUAUCCGAAACACACAUUACAAUCUUCUCAUUUAUCCGAAUUUACCUCUGAGAACCUCCUUAUUAUCCGGAAAACCCGCCAAAACACUUCCAGUUAUCCGAACAAGCCUUGGAGCAUCAUCAGUUAACCGGAUCCGAAUUUUCCCGCGUAUCCGGACAAAAUCACCAAUCUGGAUCAGGCGCAGCGCUUUCUGGAGACCGGCCAGAUGCACGAUAUCAUCAAAAUGUGCAGCAGCUUUGACGGCGCCAAGUCUACCAAGGGAGCUUCAAAAAUGCGCCGGGACUUACUGAACGCGGAGAUAUGUCAGCUAAGGGAUCUCCUACCGCUGCCGCCUUCCACACGCCAGCGCUUGUCCCAGCUGCAACUCAUGGCCCUCGUCUGCGUCUACGUCAGGAAGAGCAACUAUUUUCAGCAAGCAAUGAAAGUGAGGACGGAAAGUGACCCACGUGCAGAUCCGCCCAACCUGGAGUUCCUGAAGACAUCGCUUGCUCCGUUCUUCGCACAGGCCUUAAGCGGGUUUAUAAUGAUGCUGACUCAAGGCGGGAAACUUCUCUACAUAUCUGACAAUGCUGCAGAAUAUUUAGGCCACUCCAUGGAGGACCUGCUGAUCCACGGGGACAGCGUGUACGACAUCAUCGACAAGCAGGACCACGCCGCCGUGCAGGCCGAGCUGGUGCGCGCCGCGGCGGCCUCGCAGCAGCUGGGCGGCCACCACCACGCCCACCACCACCACCACCACCACGCCGCCCACCACCACGGCGGCGGCGGCGCCCACGCCUCGGGCCUGGGCGAGGACCACCGCCUGUUCCUGUGCCGCAUGAACGUGUCCCGCAACGCGCGGCGCCAGAUGCGCUUCGGGGACCAGAAGGUGGUGCUGGUGGCGGGCCACUACCUGUCCUACCUGCCGCUGUGCUCGCGCAACGAGCCCGUCUUCCUGGCGCACUGCACGCCCGUGGCCAUGCCGGAGACGCGCGAGAGCGUCGUGCAGGGCGCCACCAACGUCUUCACCUCCGUGCACACGCUCGACAUGAAGUUCAUCUCGCUCGACAGGAACGGAGAGUUCCACCUCGGGUACACGCGUGAGUCGCUGUCCGGGGUGUCGUGGUACCAGCUGGUGCACCCAGACCAUCUGCAGGAGGCGCAGGCCAAGCACCGCCUCAUCACCACCAGCGAGCAGGACCGCGCGUGCAUCCUGCUGGUUCGCCUGCAGGCCGCGGGCGGCACGUGGCGCUGGGUGCACUGCGUCCUGCAGGUGAAGGACGGCGCCGACUCCACCCACACGCAAGCCGCAGCAGGCGGCGGCGGCGGCGGCGUGGCCGGCGGGGGCGGCGGCGGCGGGAGCGGCCAGACGCAGCAGACACAGACCCAGCAGACGCAGCAGGCGCAGCAGACGCAGCAGACGCAGCAGCAGCAGCAGCAGCAGCCGGUGAUCGUGGCCACCAACCAGGUGGUGGGGGAGCGCGAGGCCGCGGUGCUGCGCGCCAACUCGUGGCUCUACCACUACUACACCGUGCACUCCAAGCUGCAGUACGGCCUCGCCUACGACGCCGCAGCCGCCGCCGCCGCCGCCGCCGCCGCCCACCGCGUGCACGCCUACUACCCGCCCGUCGUCACCUACCAGGGCGACGCCGCCGCGCCCUACGUGGCCAACGCCUCCCUGCCGCGGCCCUCCUACCCGCAGCCCUACGCCGCCACGCCCGCCGCAGCGCCACACCCGCUGUCCUCCGCGUACGCCGCGGCGCAGCUGCAGCACUACCACCACCACCACCACCACCACCACCACUACUCGCCGCGCCAGCAGCAGCAGCAGCAGCAGCAGCACCAGCAGCAGCACCACCAGCACCACCACCACCACCACCCACAGACGCAGGCGCCGGGCGGCCUGGACUACCCGCGGGACGGAGCCCCCGCCUGGGGCUGCCCCGACGCGCCCGCACACACGCACGCCCACGCCGCCGCCCUCGCGCCCGCGCCCGCGCACCGCCCGGGCAAAAAGGGCGCCUCGCCCCUCGCCUCGCCGCGCCGUUCGCCGCCUACGCCCGUGGCGGCGGCAGUGGCCGAGGGCAGUGGCGGCAGUGGCAGCGGCGGCGUGGCGGUGGCGGCGCCCGUGGCGGUGCGGGCAGCGUCCCGCGGGACGCACAAGGGCGCGGCGUCCCCGGAGCCGCGAGCCGAGGCGCCCUGGAAGGCGUCGCCCACGCAGGAGGUGCCAGAGUACCCGGAGUUCUCUUACGUCACGCCGCCCUACCCCGCCGCCGCCACACCCACGCCCGCGCACACGCCCACGCCCACCAAGCUGCACGCCUUCACCUUCGACGCCGCGCACGACCACCACGUGCCCGCGGGCCCGCACGACGCCUGGUACUCCCACACCUUCGUCAGGUAGCCUGCCCGCCGCCACCACCGCUACCACACCACACCACAUCACACCACGACAUACCACGACCCACCACACCACGACACCACACCACGCCACACCACACCACGACACACCACACCACGCCACAC